AUGGGAGCUGGAGCGAGUGCAGAGGAGAAGCACUCCAGGGAACUGGAGAAGAAGCUGAAGGAGGAUGCGGACAAGGAUGCCAGGACUGUGAAGCUGCUUCUGCUGGGGGCUGGUGAAUCUGGUAAAAGCACAAUUGUCAAACAAAUGAAAAUUAUCCACCAGGAUGGUUAUUCACUGGAAGAGUGCUUGGAGUUCAUUGUCAUCAUCUACAGCAACACUUUGCAGUCCAUCAUGGCCAUUGUGAAGGCGAUGAGCACUCUCAACAUCGGCUAUGGGGACACUGCCCAACAGGAUGAUGCCAGGAAGUUGAUGCAUCUAGCAGACACCAUCGAGGAAGGUACCAUGCCUAAGGAGCUGUCGGAGAUCAUCAUACGUCUCUGGAAAGACUCUGGUAUACAGGCCUGCUUCGAAAGAGCUUCGGAGUAUCAGCUGAACGACUCUGCUGGAUACUACCUCAAUGACUUGGAGAGACUGGUAAAGCCUGGGUAUGUACCUACUGAACAGGAUGUGCUGCGAUCAAGAGUUAAGACCACUGGUAUAAUCGAAACCCAAUUCUCCUUCAAGGAUCUCAACUUCAGGAUGUUUGAUGUCGGAGGUCAGCGCUCUGAGAGAAAAAAGUGGAUCCACUGCUUCGAAGGUGUCACAUGCAUCAUCUUUAUUGCUGCCCUGAGCGCCUAUGACAUGGUGUUGGUGGAAGAUGAGGAAGUGAACCGAAUGCAUGAGAGUCUGCAUCUGUUCAACAGCAUCUGCAAUCACCGUUACUUCGCCACCACCUCCAUUGUACUCUUCCUUAACAAGAAGGAUGUCUUCAUCGAGAAGAUCAAGAAGGCCCAUCUCAGCAUGUGCUUCCCUGAGUAUGAUGGUCCCAACACCUAUGAGGAUGCAGGCAACUACAUCAAAUUGCAGUUUCUGGACCUCAACAUGAGACGAGAUGUCAAAGAGAUCUACUCCCACAUGACCUGCGCCACAGACACAGAGAACGUCAAGUUUGUGUUUGAUGCCGUCACUGACAUCAUCAUCAAGGAAAACCUCAAGGACUGUGGUCUCUUUUAAGAGCCACACCUCCAUAAGGAGUGGAAUGACCGCUUGACCUCAAUCUGUCUCCAAUGAUCAAUGUGACCUCCAACUGAGGACAGCAUCCAGUCUUCCUUUGAGGACACCUUGCCCUUUCAAAUCCAAACCAACGACAAAUAGAAUAUGCAGAUGGUUUAAUGAUUCUUACCUGUACAGCUGCUGAUAGAGAAUAACACCCAGACCUGUUGGGUCAUUUGUCAUGAAAGAUAAUGGGUCUUUAGUUCCCAAAAAACCAAAUUAUGACCAAUUUUUAAAAAUGAGAGAUUCAAUUCAUUUCAUAAAUUAAAACUAUGCUAUCCAUAACAGGAAACUGAA